AUGGCUUUCUUACAAGCUGCUUCCUGGCACGAGGGCGAGGUCGCAAUCCAUGAACGCACGCACGUCGGCGGCUAUGACAAUCCAACUUCACUGUUCCUGACCCCUCGGGCAGCCAACAUGAUUCAACGGUAUCCCAUGAUGGCAAUAGGGACGUUGGAUGAUCAAGACAGACCCUGGUGCACAGUCUGGGGUUCCGAUCAUCUACCAAUCGCACAGCCGGUGGCUCAGAGCGUCAUGGGCGUGCGUACCACCGUCGACGCGAGCUUCGACCCCGUUAUCCAAGCAAUCUAUAAAGGCAAAGACGACGGGGAAGUGAUACGAGAAGAGGGCAAAGGGAGGUUGAUGUCCGGGCUCAGUAUUCAUCUGGAAGAGAGGGGCAGGGUCAAGCUGGCUGGACAAGUCAUUGCUGGUGCUCUCACCGCGAACGAGCCCGUUACGGAUGGCAAUGAGCCCGAGGACGAUGCCCAGACAGGCAAAUCGGGUGAAGUGCAGCUCGUCGUCAAAAUCGAUCAAAGCAUGGGAAACUGUCCAAAAUACCUUAAUAAGAAGCACAUCACUGCCGCCGAACCCAAGCCGAGACUAAUGUCUUCGUCACCACAUCUCACUCAAAAAGCGAUUGAUUUAUUGCACAAUGCCGACUUGUUUUUCAUCGCCUCGGCGCAUAAACACGAGGACAUGGACUGCAAUCACCGUGGCGGCCCUCCAGGCUUCAUUCGGGUGCAGCAGCCUGCCGAUUCACAGGAAGGCAGUACCAUCGUGUGGCCCGAAUACAGUGGGAACAAUCUUUACCAAACACUUGGCAAUCUCGAAAUCACUCCUCAUGCUGGCCUGGUGAUCCCAGACUUCGAGACCGGCGAUGUUCUAUAUGUGACCGGGGACACGGAGACACUCGUCGGGGCGGCAGCAAGCAAAGUUAUCGCAAAAAGCAAUCUUGCCGUUAGCUUAAAGGUGACAGGAGCAGUCUUUGUUGAACACGGGUUGCCCUUCCGAGGCAAGCUGAUGGACGAUGCGUCUCAAGGCCGCUCACCCUACAAUCCGCGUGUGCGAUACCUAACCUCCGAGAAAACAGACGCGUUGGGAAAGGCGGCCGGUGAUGCGCCACCUACGACGGCAAAACUCAUCAAGAAGACAAAGAUCACUCCUACUAUCACAAGGUACCGCUUUGCGCUCGCAGACCCUGGCGUCUUUGGCCCCUGGACGCCAGGCCAAUACGUGGCGAUGGACGUAGCAGCGGAGCUGGACAUGGGAUAUUCGCACAUGCGGGACGACGACCCGACUAGUCUGAAUGACGAUUACAUUCGGACAUUCACUGUCUCAUCCAUCCCCAACUCGCUUGGCCUGCACGGAGAAGAGUUCGAGGUCACCGUCCGCGCAGUCGGCCACGUCACCAAAUGGCUCGAGUGGCAGCGCGAGGGCAUGUGUGAAAUCGGUGUUCGAGGCUUUGGCGGCGAAUUCGCAUUCGAACCCCACGCCAGGAAUGCUUUCAUUGCCGCUGGGAUCGGUAUUACCCCUUUGCUGGGCCAGAUGCAAAGCCUGGACCUGGAUAAACUGAAGGUUAUGUGGAGCGUGGGGAUCCGUGAUGUUGGGUUGCCGCUUGAUGUCCUCGGCCAAUAUCCCGCCGUGAAAGACUCGCUGACAAUCUGCAUCACUGGCGACGAGUCACUCCUAGAUGAAAAGACCAGGGCAAAGCUACACGAACUAGUUGAAACCGGUGUGAAGGUCCUGAGGAGGAGAGUGGCAAAAGAGGACUUGGUAGCGUGGCAAUCAGAAGUGGACAACUGGUAUCUAUGCACGGCGCCGGCGAUGAGGAAGAUUGUGCAAGAGUGGAUGCCUGGGACGACCAUUAUCUACGAGAACUUUGACUACUGA